AUCCCUCCCAUAAGGAAAAGUAGCCAGGCAUUCCAAAGUUGUGAGCUGGAACCAGUGCAGGGGAACACAACAGUGCCCAAAGCCUUCUCACAAUCGGUUAGAGAAAGUCUGCUGGAAUAAGAAUCCUUUACAAAUCAACCAGCAAGGAAGCCAAAGAUGGCUGGGAUUGUGGCCUGUGUGCUUCUUUCUAUUGUCACUGUAGUUAAUUCGCAAGCUCAGACGGCUUUUUUGGAGUACAUGCAAACAAGGAUGGGGGUUUUAGAGGAAAGAAUCGCACAAUGGCACGAUCACAGCAGCCGCUACAGCUCCGAACUCCGGGAUUUCAAGAACCAGGUCCUAAAGAUGCUGGAGAACAUAGAAAAGGAGCGGGAUACAGUAAGGAAUGAGGUGGAAAACACAAAUAUUCGGGUUGACCGGCUAGAAAGAGAGGUGGACUACUUGGAGACACAGAACCCAGCUCCGUCAUGUGUAGACAUAGAUGAAAAAUUGACUGAGCUUCACCUUCAGAAAAAGAAGAAGAAGGAAAAGUAUGAAAAGUUAACAGGUUGCCCCAAGGCCGAGAUUGCUGAAAAUGUGGAACCAGAAGAGAUCCUGACUCCACCUGUCAACAGGAAGCCAUACUGCAGCGACACUAUUUCUCAAGUGAAUGCCAUGAAAAUACUGAAGCGCUUUGGAAGCACUGCUGGCCUUUGGACAAAGGACCCAAUUGGAAAUUUAGACAAAGUCUAUGUCUUUGACGGAGCUGGCAAUGAUACUGUGUUUGUGUUCUCCCGUAUGAAGGAAUUCACUCUUUCGUCUUCAACAAGGAAAGUGCCUAGAAUCAAACUUCCUUAUCCAUGGAUUGGUACUGGACAUAUAGUUUAUGGAGGCAAUUUGUAUUAUAUACGGCAAGAUCAGGAAUUUCAACUUAUAAAAUUCAACUUAACUACCAAAACAAUAGUUGACAGCGCUGUUCUGCCCAUUGAAGACAAUGUACCAGUAUAUGGCUUGUCCAAAUUCAAUUACAUAGACAUAGUAGCGGAUGAAGAAGGUCUCUGGGUCAUUUAUGCCACCAGAGAGAAUGAAAAGAACAUCUGCUUAGCCAAACUAGAUCCAAGCAACCUUGGCAUUGAGCAGAUGUGGGAUACCCCAUGCCCAAUAGAAAAUGCCGAAAGUGCUUUUGUAGUGUGUGGGACUAUGUAUGUAGUAUAUAACACCAAGCUUCCGAGUCGCUCUCGUAUUCAGUGUGUUUUUGAUGUCAGUGGCACCAUAGCAAGUGAACACAUCCCAGUUAUCUACUUUCCAAAAAGGUAUGGAUCACAUUCCAGCAUGAAGUACAACCCCAGGGAAAAGCAGAUCUAUGCUUGGGAUGAUGGAUAUCAGAUCUUAUAUAAACUCAACAUGAAGCCUAGGGAAGAACUGUAUUAGAGCUGAUAGUUAUACUGUUAUUUUAUGUAUCUAUUGCCAUUUUAAAGGAUGCCUUAUUACUUGGGUCAUGCACAUAGUACUCCUCACGUGAACACCUAAUUGAGUUUAUAUUGAGUUUUUGGUAAUGUCUCCUUUUGUGUUCUCUUGUCUGCUUAUUUGAAUCUUAUAAUUUUUAUUAAUACAUGCUAAAAUCAUUUGUCACCAAGAAAUGUGACCCUUUUACCUAUCCCGGUGUAAAAACAGUAUAUUUUAAUAUAAAAUAUGACUCAUUGGACAUAAUGAUGAUGAUUCAGAGUUAGUAUCAGUGCCGACUGCUCUGUAUGUUGCCAUAUGAGUAUUUUCUGACUGUUGAACAAUGAAUGAUCAGUCAUAGGCUCACUGCAGCAUUCAGUCUGUACAAUGUUCUAAAUUGUAACAAUGAUGGUAUGUGUUUAAUUUAUUAAAAAAUAUCUUUAUAGUGCUUGGAUACAAAUCCUCUGUAUAGACACAGAGUCGAAGAAUAACAAGUAGCCAUGAACAGAGGCAGCUUAGGAGCUUGGACACAGCAGUCAAUCACUUGUCUUAGAGGUCACAAGCCAUACAUACAGGAUGAGACUACUGAGCCCAGUGACUAUAACACAAUAAAUCCCUGGAAGAUUUAACUUUUAAAAUACCAUUUUCACCUUUUAAACUGAUUUCUCCCAACAGGAUGUCAGGUCAAAAAACAUGGAUGACCUCAACUGCACGGAGAUAAACUCAACAAUGUAAGUAUAUACUGUGUGUCAUAAAAAAGUAUACACCUUGUUGGGUUUAUCUGUGUACGGUAAAGGUUAUCCAUGUAUUUUGGCCUGAGAGUAGCCUGUUUUUGUUUUGUGUAGAUAUUCAUCCAAGAUUUAAGUACAGGUUUACACAGAGCUCAAGAUUUGCAGGAACACAUGGGAACUGAGUUCCUGCACGUUUUCUACAGCAGGAACAUUGUUUCCAUUAGCAAAAGUCCUGCUGGGUGAUGCAAAACAAAGCCAAAUUGGUAUCCUGAUUGGUGUAGUUUUGCACAAGUCUACGACUAUAAAGAUCUCUUGCUGCCGCAACGUGACUAGAGUUACACUUUAAGUCUAAAAAAGAUUUAUUUUGAAUGUUAAAGAUUACACAAAUUCCUUUUUUGGUAUAUAAUACCUUGGAGACAGUUGUCUUGUCACCAUGAUUUUUGAGGCUAGUGAUUGGCUGCAGCAUCAUGUGUACUGGAGAGCAGUGGUAAGUUCAGGGGUGAAUAAAGGUGUUAAAUGGACACUGUCAAGAGACGUGUCAAAAGUUUUAAUUGGUUGGGGUCUGUGUAUUCAGACCCUGACCGAUUGCUAGAAUGAGCAGAGAGAAGUGCAUACAUUCUCUUCCUGCUCUGUGCCAAAUGAUCAACGUAAGUACAUACCUAUGGGGAUGUUACUUUCAAUGUAAGUCUACGGAAAUGUCUUGGUCAUUUACACUGAGAACGGGAAGAGAAGGGUUUAGCCAGUGUUUUAGUGAUCAGUCAGAGUCUGUCAACGUCUUUACGACAUGUCAACUAUUAACUAUUGAUAAACCCCUUUAGGAAAUCACAAGAACAGGCAUUUUUAAAUUGCUGAAUACAAGAGAUUUUAAGGGUCACAAAAGGUUUAUCAACUCAGAUUGGGAAUAUAAAAAAUGGACUUUAACUUCCAUAAAUUCAGAGUACAAUAGAUAUUGAAUCAACAACUUGCAUUACCAGUAAUAUAAACUAUACACUAUACUGCAUAUGUAUAUAAAGGACAUGAUUAUAAAUCAAACUCCUAAGGAUCAAGAAAGUUGUAUGUAAUAUUUGUGGGUAUGAUGAUCGAAAUUUAUUUUGGAGAACUUUAUAUUAGCCAUAUAAAUGAGGAUCGAAAAAUCAUAUUUUCUACAAAUGUCUCUCAAAGGCUUAUAGACUAUAUUUUUGUUUCAACCGUAUGAUAAAGGUAAAGAAGAAGCUUCAAAAAACUAUUUACAGAGGCCUCAAAAGUGGCUAUAAGACUAUAUUCAUAUGCCGCAGAUUUGUUGUAGGAAAUUCUACUGCUGGCUAAUUCAUCUGCAUAGGGUUUGCAGAAAUUCUCCGUUAUCCAUGUUUCCGCAUUUUAAGAAGAGCCCUAAAUGCUUUAAAAUAAUAAAGCAGCAGUUGCUUACCAGUCUGUUGCUGCACUGACCCUUUAUUAUAAUCAAAUAAAAUCCUAUGACAUCAAACUUGUCUGACUGAAUACACACAUUACUGUGAGGAUGACACCACAGGGUCCUGCUCUAGUUAUAACAUUUUUAUGUAUAAAAUAUGAGAUGUAAUAUAUGAUAUAAAAAAUGAGGACAGUCUUCCGAAAUUAAUUCAUAUACCAUUAAUAAAUAACUUAAUAAAAGACAAAUACACAAAUGGUUGAGAGGUAUAUAAAUAAAUGCACAUGGUAUAUUAUAGUAUACAGGCAUUUGCAUGGCCUGGGAGCUACAACUCUCCUGCUGGCAGCGGCUGCUCACACUGUGAAGGAGAGCCAAACCAGCCUGCUUAGUGAGAAGGACAUACUUCAUUUUUCAUCCUUUAUAUCUCUAAGGUAACGUACAUUGGGAGUGACUGAUUAAUCUAUUUCAUACUGUCCCAUCUCCUAUUAAGGCAUUUUUAUCCAAUCACCUAAUAGAAGUGAUUAUAGACAAUGUACAUCCAUUUAUAUCCUUUCCAACCAAAUAUUGAAUUAUGAAAAUUCAGAUUACAGAUUGCAUCUAUUACAACGUGACCCAAUUCCAGCUCCACCUCUGAUUCCCGCUAGCUGUGGCCGGCAGUGUCCUCCUUUAUUCUGAUGACAACCCUGUAUAUUGCAGGAUCGUUCAUCUCUGUGUGACAUAACUGGUUUAGGAGGUGGAAGUGCUGAGCCUGUAAAAUGACCUAAGCCUGUUUGCUGACCUUUCUCUUGCCUGCCGAUUUUGUACUGUGCUGUCUUCCUGGUUUGACCCUUGCUUAUCCUUACCUGUUCCUGGUUCUUAUUUUGCACUACGCUCACCUCUAGGUUUUAACUCUAUGGCUCUUUCCUGGUUCAACCCAUCGUCUGCUUAUUUUGUACCUCUUCUGCCGAUGUGUUACAGACCUUGCCGGCCUGACUUUCCAAAAGCCGUUUAUGGUGGAUCAUCCAAGUAGGUAGGGGCGGUGGUUUGGAGUGAGCUCAAAUCUGUUCCCUACCUGAUGUGAUUGGCAUCAUUCAGUGAUCUUUGAGUAGAGACUGCAUCAUGUAAUGAUAUAUGUUUCAAGAUUCAUUUGGAAGUCAGACGAGCUUGAUGGAGUGAAUUUAAUAGGAUUUUAUGAUUUAUGAUUUCAUUCUAAUAAAGUAUAACAUUGAUUUUAUUCAUACACAUAGUUACAUUUUAUCUUUUGGAGAACUUAGAGGACUAAUUUUGUUGAGAUUUUGUAUGAGAGAAAUUUCAUUGGCACAUUGGGUGCUUAUACCAAUCAGUUAAAGGAACACUAUCAGAUAUUUUCUCCCGCACUAUCCACAGUACUGGUGGAUAGUGUGGGAGACACAGGUUAAAACAAGCCCAACCUUACCCGGAUCC